UCGAUUUCUUUCGAACAAUCAAAAAAGUUGUUGAUUAAAAACUCACCGGGAGUAUUUAACGGUGAACGGAGAAAAUUACGGGCGGCGAGAUGGGCACGUUAUUUCCUAUAUAAACCCAUCGCCACACCGUUUCUUUUCCUCAUAUUAUAGCCUUCGCUCUCUUUGCUUUCCUUCUAUAGAGCCUCCAUCUCUCUGUUACUAUUUCUUUCUCUCUAGGUUCAAAGCUGCUCUUAAGAGUUGGUAUGUCAUGUUCAUUUCUUGCUGAAAAGAGAACAGAAAGAGUGCCAAUUGGACUUAUCUCAAUACACAGUUUCCUUUGUAUGCAUUUGCAUAUGAAAUGGGAUCUCGAGGAAGGCUGUUAUUUGAUCUUAAUGAACCCCCUGCAGAGGAUGACGAGGAAAAUGACCGAGUUUUCUGUUCCGAGCCUCAGAAAGCACUUCCCUCUUUGAAACCCCACUCUUCUGACUUGUUUGUUCCGUCAGUGGGUCCUCAAAGAAUAACUAAUAAUCAUGUUUUCUCACAUGCGUCUUCUGUUUCAGGUUUUCAGCCUUUCAUUCGACCGAAAGCUGCUCAGGGCCAUGGAGUGUGUCCUGUGCAGAAGGCUGAGGAUCUGAAUUGUCAGUUUGCAUCAUCUUCAUCGAAGUCCAGUAGUAGUGAAGAGAUUAAAGUGUCACCAUCACAAGCUCCUGGUUCUGGAAGUGCUGUAGUUGUUGAAAGAGAAGAAGGGGAAUGGUCUGAUGCUGAGGGUUCUGCUGAUGCAUAUCCUGGUGCUAGCUUGCAUGAGCAGGAUAAAGCUCCAGAAGGGCAAGAGAUGCCUGAAGUCAUGGAUUGUACUGCUGCUAGUGUGGAUAUUAAUAAUCAUGAAGGCAGUAGGGAUGAAAAUAGUAGACGUGCUUUGUCAGUAUCGGAUCAAGAUCCAGGUGAACAGAGAAGUAACAAUAUCCAACAUUCUGAAGGCAGCAGUAAAGGUGAUCCAUCUACAGAUGGUCAGGAAGAGGCUGGCUUGCUUCCAAAACAAAGAGAAGUUAAAGGUAUUGAAGGAAGUCAUUCAAACAAGUUUGCAAAUAAUCUAGGCAAGCGAAAAGUAGAUCAGCAGAAAGAAGCAAUGCUAGGGAAGAAACGCAAUAGACAGACUGUUUUCCUUAAUUUGGAAGAUGUCAAGCAAGCUGGCUCAUUGAAAACUUCAACACCAAGGAGGCAGAACCCACCCAUCAUCACUCGCAUUACUAAGGAAGUUCGUACAAUACUUCCACCUUUAGAACGUGGUGGAGAAAAGCAUGGUCAGCCAGUAAAUAAGGAUCAGAAACAAUAUGAUGCGUCAUCAUGUAAUGAUGGAGUCACUAAUUUGGAACCUUAUGAACCAAAACCUGAAUUUAAUGGUGAUAUGAAUCCUGGACCAUUAAGUAGGCCUCGGAGAGUAAACAGUGGUACUGAUUUUUCUGCAGAGGUUUCUCAGCCACACAUCCCAAGACAGAGCUCAUGGAAACAACCAACAGAUACACGGCAGCUGAAAAAUUCUCAAUUUAACAAAAAGUCAGCUCCAGUGAGCCAAAGUUUCAUUGAACUUAAGCUGGGAAACAAGAAACAUCCUCCUGCUAAGAAGUCAACUGUUGUUGGUAACUUGUAUCAGGACACAUCAGUUGAACGUCUUAUACGGGAGGUGACCAAUGAAAAGUUUUGGCACCACCCAGAGGAGAGUGAACUUCAACGUGUUCCGGGACGGUUUGAAUCAGUAGAAGAGUAUGUUAGAGUUUUUGAGCCAUUGCUCUUUGAGGAAUGCAGAGCUCAACUAUACAGCACAUGGGAAGAGUUGACUGAAACAGGUUCAAGAGAUACACAUAUAGUGGUUCAUAUAAAGAGCAUUGAAAGACGUGAGAGAGGAUGGUAUGAUGUGAUAAUCCGUCCAACAAAUGAGUGGAAGUGGGUGUUUAAGGAGGGUGAUGUUGCAGUUCUUUCAACCCCUAGGCCUGGAUCAGUCAGAACCAAGAGGAACCACAUGCUGUCAAGUGAAGAUGGGGAGGAGCCUGAGGUUACUGGACGAGUGGCUGGCACUGUUAGACGACACGUGCCUGUUGAUACUCGUGAUCCCCCAGGGGCAAUUCUUCAUUUUUAUGUUGGGGACUCAUAUGAUCCUAACAGCUUCGAAGAUGAUGAUCAUAUUCUGAGGAAACUUCAUUCAAAAGGGACAUGGUAUUUGACUGUGCUUGGUUCUCUUGCAACCACCCAGCGGGAGUAUGUUGCUUUGCAUGCAUUUUGUCGUCUCAAUCCUCAGAUGCAAACUGCAAUCCUUAAGCCCAGCCCAGAGCACUUCCCAAAAUAUGAGCAUCAGACCCCCACCAUGCCUGAAUGCUUCACUCAGAAUUUUAUUGAUCAUUUGCAUAGGUCUUUCAAUGGACCUCAGCUUGCAGCAAUCCAAUGGGCGGCUAUGCACACUGCUGCUGGUACCAGCAGUGGGAUGACUAAGAGUCCAUGGCCCUUUACUCUAGUUCAAGGACCUCCUGGAACAGGUAAGACUCACACAGUGUGGGGAAUGCUGAAUGUCAUACAUCUGGUUCAGUAUCAGCACUACUACAAUUCUUUGCUAAAGAAACUUGCACCUGAGAGCUAUAAGAAUGCUAAUGAGAGCAAUUCUGACAAUAUUGCUUCGGGAUCAAUUGAUGAGGUUCUUCAAAAUAUGGACCAAAAUCUUCUGCGCACCCUUCCAAAACUUUGCCCAAAACCCAGAAUGUUAGUUUGUGCUCCUUCGAAUGCUGCAACUGAUGAACUUCUUGCACGUGUUCUUGAUCGUGGUUUCAUUGAUGGUGAGAUGAAGGUUUACCGACCUGAUGUAGCACGAGUUGGGGUAGAUUCACAAACACGUGCAGCCCAGGCAGUCUCUGUUGAACGUAGAACUGAGCAACUUUUACUUAAAAGCCGUGAUGAAGUUUUAGGAACGAUGCACAAAUUAAAAGUUCGUGAAUCUAUGUUGUCUCAGGAGAUAGCGAGUCUCAAAAUGGAGCUUACUGCAAUAGCUGCUGCCAUUCGUUCACAAGGAUCUGUGGGUGUUGACCCUGAUGUUCUUAUUGCUCGGGACCACAAACGGGAUGCAUUGCUGCAGCGCCUUGCUGCUGUGGUUGAAGAUAGGGAUAAAUGUCUUGUUGAGAUGUCUCGCUUUCAUACAUUAGAAAGUAUGUUUCGUCUUGGUAGCAACUUUAAUUUGGAAGAUGCCCGAUCUAGUCUUGAAGCAAGUUAUGCCAAUGAGGCUGAGAUUGUUUUCACUACUGUCUCAAGCAGUGGGCGCAAGUUGUUCUCUCGCCUUACUCAUGGUUUUGAUAUGGUAGUCAUUGAUGAGGCAGCCCAAGCAAGUGAAGUUGGUGUUCUUCCUCCCCUUGCUCUUGGUGCAGCACGAUGUGUUCUUGUUGGGGAUCCUCAGCAGCUUCCUGCAACAGUUAUCAGCAAGGCAGCUGGAACCUUGCUAUACAGCAGGAGCCUGUUUGAGAGGUUCCAGCAAGCAGGAUGUCCAACAAUGCUGCUAUCUGUACAGUAUAGGAUGCAUCCUAAUAUUCGGGAUUUUCCUUCAAGGCAUUUCUACCAAGGACGCCUCACUGACAGUGAAAGUGUUGCUAAUUUACCUGAUGAGGUCUACUACAAGGAUCCUUUACUCAGGCCUUAUGUUUUCUAUGAUGUCAUCCAUGGUAGGGAGUCCCAUAGAGGUGGAUCUGUUUCUUAUCAGAACAUUGAUGAAGCAAAAUUGGGUGUUUGCUUGUAUGAGCAUCUUCAGAAAACUUUGAAGUCUUUGGGUCUGGGGAAAGUCUCCAUUGGUAUAAUCACACCAUACAAGCUGCAAUUAAAAUGCCUUCAGCAUGAAUUUCGAAAUGUUUUAGCAUCAGAAGAAGGAAAGGACUUGUAUAUUAAUACUGUAGACGCCUUCCAAGGCCAGGAACGUGAUGUUAUUAUCAUGUCUUGUGUGCGAGCCUCAAGUCAUGGGGUUGGCUUUGUCUCAGAUAUUCGCCGUAUGAAUGUUGCCCUUACUCGUGCAAGACGGGCUCUUUGGGUUAUGGGAAAUGCGAAUGCUCUAAUCCAAUCUGAUGACUGGGCUGCAUUAAUUGCGGAUGCCAAGACAAGGAAUUGUUACAUGGGUAUGGACUCCCUUCCAAAGGAAUUUUUGGCAUCACUAACAGUAAAAGGACAGGGUUAUUAUUCCUCACAGGGUAAGAUUUCCAACAAUGCAAGAGGUUUGAGAUCAGCUGGACCAAGACAUAGAUCAUUGAAUCCACACACAGAGUCCAGGUCUGGAACACCAUCAGAAGAUGAGGAGAAGAUACCUCGGAAUGGAAAUUACCGUUCCUUUAAGUCAUUGGAAAAUUCCCUGGAUGACUUUGACCAAUCAGGUGAUAAAUAUAGGGAUGCUUGGCAGUAUGGCAUACAGAGAAAGCAAAAUUCUGGUGGAAUUUUGACAAAGAGAGAUUCCUAGUUGUUUAUGGUUGGCAAAAUCCUUAUGCAGUCCAGGGAGCGUCAUGGAAUAUUCUGGUUUAGUGAUUGUGGUGCCAGCUCUUGGAGCUGGAAUGGCUGGCAGGAACAUUUGCUCUUUGUGCAAGCAUCAUUGGUUGGCUGAAAUUAAUCUGAAACAAGCAGGUGCUGAGCACUUUGUCAGCCACAUAAGGAAAGACGGUAACUUGGGUUCUAACUUGUGCACAAAGGCAUGGUUGGAUUCUAAAGGUCUGAGAAUUGAUCCUGUGAUUUCAUGAAAGGCGGAUACUUUUGGGUAGUAUGUUGAGUCUCAACCCUUAGUCCACCAAUGUACAGGUCUUGUUGGUAAGAAUAAUUCCAAGUCUUCUGAUAGUUCAGCAUUUUGAUGCUUGUACAUGGAUCUUCAGUUUCACUGCUUAUGUUGUGGUAAAUUUAAUACAGGAAUCCAUUGGCGGCAAAAAGAUACUUUACCUUUUUUUGGCUUCGCAUCAAGUUUUCUGCUGACUUAGAUACAUGAGAUGGUAACUCUAGACAACUUAAAUUUGACCAUUUUGCCAAUGUAUUGAUUGAUGUGGGAGCUGGGUCAGGCUUCUCAUUUAUGGGCGGCACGUAACUUUGUAGCUGUAGCUCACCUCAUUAUAUGCUGUUGACUCCUGGUUUGACUAUAAGUGUCUCACUCAAGAGUUCUCAUUUGGAAGAUGUUAUGUUACAUUCUUUGGACAUGCAGAUGCACAAGAGAAUGGUUUCCGAAAAGGUAUGCAGGAUGUCAAAUGGUUAACUGAAUUUUCUUUCUAUUCCGUUCUUCUAAUGGAAGUAAAUUUGUAUGCCUCAGAACAGGUGGGGAAAUUCAAAAUUUCUGUAUAGAAAUAGUAGAGUACAACAUCUCCCUAAGAAAUUCAAAUACCAUAGGCAUUUGUAGUGUCAAUUGACUUGUACAUACAUCUUUGGCUGUGGAUCGGAUUCAAAUUCUUUUUAAAUUCUGUAGAUAUGACAUGAAAAGUAAAAAUUCUUAAACUGUACUUUUUUUAACGUCACAAAAAGUGCUUUUGUGUAAUGCCAAACCAUCUUUCCAUUUCUA